GCAGAUACCGAUGAGGAGGACGAGAUUCACAUGUUUCUCGCCAUGAUCACAUACCUAUCCGGCAUCCCACUCCUCUCGGCAGACAUUCUGAGGGAGGUGUGGCCGGAAGACAGGUUUGACCGGCGGUGGCCUGUACAGGACGUCGUAGUGGUGCCGCACGAUCAUGCACGCUCAUUGUCCGACCCUGAUUACACGUUGAGGGUCUGGGAAACAGCAGUGCAGCGCUUGCUCACCCUCCCCCCGUCGGACGUCCUGCCCUUCCCUUCGGACGACGACGAGCCUCGACAGCAGAACUCGGACACAGCAUAUCUCAAGCUCAACUCAUGUCUACUCCGACAACCGUCGGUGUUCAACUUUCGGUUCGUCUCCAAACCUCUAUCGUUGUACGAUCUGCAGCCCCUCUUCGCACUUCUGCCCAAGCUCGGCAGGGGCGGUGCGUCCUACAAGGAGUUAACCGCCCUCAUACACGCAAGGGACGACAUUAGAAACACCUGGAGAAAGCUCUCCUCGUUUCCCGACAACCAUCUGGACUCGCUCGUGAAGCUGAUGAUCUUGAGUGGGGAGCCAUUCGCAGACCUCUCUGGAUAUGACCUGUCUGUCGCCCAGAUUACACGCUUCGUCACUCAAUGCCCAGACCUGGACUCGCUCGACAUCUCGCAAAACCCGCACGUCGUCCUCAGCGACAUCCCCACCCUCCUCGCCGCAGCCCCGCACCUGCGCCGGCUGAACGUGUACGGCUGCAGCGGGAUCGACGGUGAUGCGCUGCUCGACCUGGUGCGCACGCAGCCGUCGCUCUUCCGCACUGUCGAAGCCAUCGUCCACCCCGCCUUCCUCACGCUCGACAAGCCACCAAACUACCCGGUCGCGAUCACUUUCAUGUGCGCCUGCGCGCUCCAAAACACGCGCUGCGGGGUGGGCUUCAGCUUCCCGCUCUUCACGCCAACGCAGGUGGUCCAGGCGCUGUGCCACCUGCUCCCGUUCGCGUCUCGUACGGACGAGACUUACUACGUGACGGGGAACACGGGCGCGGAGCACGCUGGCGACGCGCGGCGCCGGUGGAUGUUCCCGAAACGCGGCACAGCUUACACCAUCUCGGGUCUCUUCUUUGAAUCGCUGGACUCGCCUAUGGCGGCGUACGCCGCGUUCAGCGGUGGCUCGCAGCGGCCGGGUGCGUCCUGGUCCGACCGCGCGGUCGUCAGCGUGCCGCUGCGCUCGAAGCCCUCUGUUGCCCCCGGCCCCGAGGGCAGCUGGGCGUUCUACCUCGGCUCGAGACGACCGUCGAAGGCGGACACCACCGACGUACCGUGGGCGUUCAUACGCUAUGCAGCGGGCGUCGACGCAGGAGAGGGCCUCGCGGCGCUGAGCCUCGACGGCAAGCUGGACGACACCGCAAGGUUGGCGGGGGAGGUGAAACGGGGAGGCAAGGUCUACGACCUCCGUGGGUUUCUGCGCUGCAUGGAGGAAGAGGGGCGGCCCAUGCCGCCGCUAGAGGUCGUGGCGGAGGUGGAGACUCUGCUGUCUGUGUGGCACAAGUUUGACGGUGAGAUCAGGUGCCCGCUAUGUGGCGAGAAGGAGCGCUGGAAACAACCCUUUGCUUGGAGGUAACGCCACGGAGUCGGUUCCGAGAUAUGAUGGAGUUCGGCUUUAGCCGCCGGUGGUUUGGUAGCUUCGACGAAAAAAGGCAACUCGAAGAUGGCGUCCGUUGAACGAUUUCCUUCUCGCCGUCGACCAACACCAAUAUUCAGACUGUACAUAUUGCGACUAUUCCAGCCAAUGGUCUUGUCAUAAGAGACGGC